UGGCUAAACUUCAGAUUAAUCUGGGGAGCUUGAAGAAGAGAAAGAGGGGGGAGAGGAUUUUCUGUUUCGAUUCAUUUUGCAAGCCCGGUCAUCCGACUCAUUUUGAUGGCAGUUUUCAAGAGAAUAUGAGAUCACUUCUAGUGUUUGGCCAUGAUGAAGUUAUAGUGCAUGAGGGAUUGAAGUGCUGGUCUUUUCCUCUCGAGUUACAUCACAAUUCUGCUGCGGGAUUGAAGCUUUUUGUUGUGGAAGAAAUUGUGGGGAUGUCGUCGCAUCGGCAAUGUUAUUAUUGUCGUUCUGUCGGCUGGGGAAAUCAUAUGAUUUGCAACAAACGCUUCCACUUUGUGUUGCCCUCUAAAGAUUCAGCAACGGAGCAAACAGAGGGUCUGACCAUUGAGGUCAACGGCUCAACAAUGAGACCAAAGCUAAGAAUGGAGGCAGAGAAGCAUCUAUUGCAUGGCAUCUUACACUUCAAUGGAUUCGGUCACUUGAUUCGCAUCAAUGGAUUUGAAGGUGGUUCAGAGUUUACUUCUGGGCAUCAAAUCAUGAAUUUAUGGGAUCGAAUUUGCAAGGAACUGCAAGUCAGGCAGGUAAGCCUAACGGACGUGGCGAGGAAGAGAACAAUGGAACUGAGACUGAUUCACGGGCUGGCUUAUGGCGAACCAUGGUUCCAGCGUUGGGGCUACAAAUUUGGUCACGGAAGCUACGGAAUUACCGAACAAAUGUAUCAGAGAUCCCUCCAUGCACUCAGAUCCUUUCCUCUCCCUCUCCUAAUUCCUCCAAUCUGCUGCACCAUCGCAGAUGUUGAUAUUUUGACGAUCGUGACAAAGUAUCAAUCAAUAAGCCCUAAAGUUUUGAAAACUUUGGGCGAUCUCUUCAAUUACAUGUUGGAGUUGAAAGCUAAACUCCCUUACGAAACCAAAGUGCUGGACUUUCGUUCGAUCAUGGAGGCGGCUUCUUGUCGUUGGUCUAUGAGGAGGGUGGAGAUGGCGGCUCAGGUGAUUGUUGAGGAGCUUAAGAGGUCGGGCUACCGUUGGGUCACGAGGCAGGAGGUCAGGGAUGCUGCUAGGAUCUAUAUUGGUGACACAGGCUUGCUUGAUUUCGUGCUCAAGUCUUUGGGGAACCACAUCGUAGGCAACUACAUCGUGCGUCGAGCAGUGAAUCCGGUGACCAAAGUCCUCGAAUACUGCCUUCAAGACAUCUCCCCCGCAUUCCCCCGCACCCUCAACGUCUCCUCUUCAAACAGCGGCCAAAACAUUCCCAGAUUCCAAAUCACAGAAUUUCAGAUCAACAAAGACCUGCUCCACCUCUACAAAUACCUCCUCAUGUCCGACCAACCCCAUUCCACAACCACAACAUUGUUUUCCUCCGCCAUACCUCUGGCCGUAAACAUUCUCCUUGACACAAAACACCUCAUCAAAGACUAUAGUGUCAACUUCUCCCACCACGCCAAUACUGAUCCAGAGCACAUCAGUGUAACCUGUGUGGCUCGCCUCCGCAACACCCUCUACAGAGAUCUGCAGCCCAACGAAGUGAUGAGAAUUCCCAUCAACCGGACCGUUGGAGAUUUAAAGAGGGAGGUGGAGGGAUACUACAGGAACACGUAUUGGGGGUUAAGGAAUUUUGCUGCUGAUUUGGUUGUAAUAGAGAAUGAGAAUGGGCGAGAGCUUUGUGAUAAGGAUUUGGUUGUUGGGUUGGUGAAGAUUGAUGGGGGUGUGGUGGUUGUUGAAGGGAGUAAGAAUGGGGGGGAUGGGGAGAUUAUGUUUGAGUGUGGGAAAAGAGGUAAUGUGGAUUGCUUGUGUGGAGCGAAGGAGGAGGAUGGAGAGAGGAUGGUGAGUUGUGAUAUAUGUGAGGUUUGGCAACAUUCAAGGUGCGUUAGGAUUCCAGAUGAGGAGGAGGUUCCAAGUGUUUUUUUCUGUGGACGAUGCGAAAGCGAGAUUGUGAAGCUGCCUUUAACGCAGUAUUAG